UUCUUGCUGCUUCCACAAGCGAUAGUUUGCUGUGUUGUCAAAAUUGUGAUUUUUUUUAAAUAGAGGCUAACAUAAAAAACCUGUCUGAAGUAAAUUUAGUAUUUCUUUAUGAACAAAAGUUGUCAAACACGAAGUGUUUUCAGCAAGCAGAAAGACUGCGAAGUGAGUAGAAAGUGUGUGAGAUCAUCAACCGGUGAAGGGACAAUUAGAAAACCCCAAACGAAAAGCAUUGUACUCUGAUAACCGCAACAACACAACGUAGAGCGACGACAGCAUCGGCGCUGAUAGUGACGCUGACGGCAAAUGCAGACGACAUGCCGUUGUCGACAAUUAUGCAGCAACAACCAUAAGGCAUAUUACGAACGUUAGUCAUAGGCCAGCAAAAUACCAAAGAAGGCAACGGCACGGCUCGGCCGUAGAAAAAAAAAACGCCAAACAACCACAUACCUUGAUAAGUAUUAGAAGCGUUAAGCGUAAUUUGGUGAGAAGCAAGGAAGACGACACCGUCGCAAAUACAACCCGCCAACAUGUCCGCUUCGCUAAUGCCUUUGUCUGAGUCGCAAAAAGUGGAUGGCAAUGGAGAUGGUGGCGCUCGCGAGUUCGUCGAAGGUUGGACACUUGCGCAAACACUUGGCGAGGGUGCCUACGGCGAAGUAAAAUUGUUGAUUAAUCGUCAAACCGGCGAAGCUGUUGCCAUGAAAAUGGUUGAUCUGAAAAAGCAUCCGGAUGCUAUGCUCUCCGUACGCAAAGAAGUUUGCAUACAAAAAUUGCUACAAGAUAAACACAUUCUGCGCUAUUUCGGCAAGCGUUCGCACGAUGAUGUCGAGUAUUUGUUUUUGGAGUAUGCAGCCGGCGGUGAGCUAUUUGACAGAAUUGAACCCGAUGUUGGCAUGGCACAACAUGAAGCCCAAAGAUAUUUCCUGCAGCUGCUUUCUGGCGUACAAUAUUUGCAUCAACAUGGCAUAGCGCAUCGUGACUUGAAGCCGGAAAACCUUUUGCUGGACGAACAUGAUAAUAUUAAAAUAUCGGAUUUCGGCAUGGCGACAAUGUUUAGAUACAAAGGCAAAGAACGCUUGCUGGACACCCGCUGCGGCACUUUACCAUAUGUAGCGCCUGAAGUACUUAUAAAACCCUACCACGCACAACCCGCCGAUAUCUGGUCCUGCGGCAUUAUACUGGUCACUAUGCUGGCUGGUGAACUGGCCUGGGAUCAGCCUUCGACAAAUUGUCAAGAGUUCAAAAACUGGACUGAUAAUGAACGCUGGUCAACACAGACGCCUUGGAGCAAAUUGGACACAUUGGCGAUAUCGUUGCUGCGCAAAGUUUUGGCCACAAAUCCUACAUACCGACUGACACUAGAGAAGAUACUCGACCACAAAUGGUGUAACAUGCAAUUCAAUGAGAAUGAACUUUCACACGAUCUCGUUGAUUCGGCCGCUGCGCUCGACAUACACUCGCCGAAAGCCAAACGCUCACGACAGCAUUCGAGCAAGCAUCGUCUCACCAAUCACUUCGUCGAUGACACGAUAUCGCGUAAUUACUGCUCACAACCGAUGCCCACCAUACCGCCAGAUUUUACGGACGGUGGCAGCGCCGCCGAUGGCGCCAAUAACAAUCCCGCCGCCGCACAGGAGGCGCGCUUCAAUUUCUGCUUCUCACAACCUGCCCUACUGGACGAUUUGCUGGUUUGCACGCAAAUGAAUCAAACACAAUCGGCAUCGCAGAAUGUCUUCCAUCGUUUGGUGCGUCGUAUGACGCGCUUCUUUGUCACCACACGUUGGGAUGACACGGUAAAACGUCUGGUCGCGACCAUCGAACGUUUGGGUUUCGCCUGCAAAGUGGGCGAUGGUGGUGUGGUCACCAUAUCAACGAUUGAUCGCCGAAAACUGCGUUUGGUCUUCAAGGCGUACAUUAUCGAGAUGGAUGGCAAGAUUCUGGUCGAUUUCCGUUUGUCCAAAGGUUGUGGUUUAGAGUUUAAGCGUCGCUUUAUUAAAAUUAAAGAAUCAUUGGAGGACAUUGUCUUGCGUGGACCGACAACGUGGCCCAUUGCGAUAGCGACAAAUGCUGUGCCUUAAAAAGAAUUUGCGUUUUAUAUGUUCGAAGGCGUUUUGAAGUUGUACAAUGACUGGCAGUUACAAUGCAAUUGCCAAAUAUAUUUUAUAUAUAUUUUUUUUACACUAUCCAAUCCAAAGUCAAUUUCCUACACAAAAUGUAUACAAAGAAAAUAUGUAUUCUCUAAUUUAGUGUUAUCACUUUCAUAUGUCUGUUUGCAUUAUUAUUGUUUUUGUAUUCACAUAUUCUCAUUGAAUUUCACAUAUAGUUUUAGUAAUUGACUUAGUUUCGUUUUUGGCUGUAUUAAUUUAUUAGAAAACACAAAUCAGACGAAUGUUAAUAUACACAUUUUAUGGAAAUCUUAGUUAAAUAUAAAGAAGACUGCUGAAAUAACAGCAAAUGAAAUGUUAAAUGAAA